CUGUCCGAGGGACACAUGACUCCGGAGGAAUUUCCCCCGCUGCUCCCGUCCUUUUGUUCAGCCGUGGGUGUUUAGUGGGAGACGGAGGGUGAGAGCCAGAGGAGAGAGGAGAGAGGAGAGAGGAGAGAGAGGCAGAUCUCGAGAUGUCGGAACCAGCCACUAAUCCUGCUGCUACCUCGUUCCCAGCACCGACUGUGUCUCUACCUUUGGGUCUGGAGGUGUUGAGAACUUACACUGGAGUUCUAGUCUGUUUAGAAAUAUUAUUUGGUGGUCUAGUAUGGAUCCUGGUGGCUUCCUCCAAUGUGCCCGUGCCUCUGCUGCAGGGCUGGGUGAUGUUUGUCUCCCUCACCACCUUCUUCGUCUCCUCCGCCUACCUCACGCUCCUCGUCACUGGCCUGGUUAACCGCGUCAACACCAACUGGAAUUUCAUGGAUAUGAUUUACCAUUUUAUAGCUGUGCUUUUCUACUUUGCUGCCUUCGUGUUGGAGGCAGCGACUACAGCAGCUAAUGGAGGAGCCCACAUCAAGCCAAUGUCUAACAGCACUGUAAAUGUCAUGUGCAUAACCUACCCGCGGGGCAACAUAUUCACAGUCCUGAGCGACAAGCAAUACAGUAUUAAUGUGGCAGCCACGAUAUUUGCAUUUUUGGCGACACUAUGCUACGGCUGCAGUAUGAUGAUGGGCUUCAAGAGGUGGAGGGGGUAACCUCGAAAAACCAGCACAAACUAGUUUAAUAACUUCAGCAUGUAUUAAAACAUCAGCCACUCCAUCCAGAGCUCCGUAGAGAGCACUGCUGUUCAGUUCAGUUAAGUGCAAACUUUAUUAUUUCCUGAUGGGAAACUCGCAGCAAACAAAGGAAAAAUAUAGAUGACAAAAAAUGUCAAAACAGUUGUUAAGAUUUCUGGACAAUAAUAUCCCUUCAGGAAUUCUUCUUCUGAGAUAUUGAAAGAUUCAGGUAGGUUCAGUCUGGGCUGUUAAAGGUAUUUUUGAGGACAGGGUUAAAGAAUAGCAGUUUAAGUUGUUAACAUAACAUUGCAUAUGAUAUACGGCUAUACAGGGUGAUUUUGCAAGAUGUAAGUGAUGCUUGUGACGGUUAAAGGUUUUGUUUUUUCGCCCACUUUGUUAAUCAUACAUGUAUUGCCCAAUUUCCUGAGUAACAUCCUCAUUGGAGGGAAUGUUUCCCAUUUCCAACACCACAAAAAAAUGUGCCUAUGUAUGCUGUUUAUUGGGUAGAUUAAUGUGAUGGUGCAAUUUCUUUGAAAGCGAACUAAUAUUGCCUUAUUUCCUGCGUCACAUGCUCAUUCGAGGGAAUAUUUCCCAUUUCUAAUGCAUCAAAAACAUGCCUAUGUAUGCUGCUAAUAGGUUAUGCACAACAGAACAUUAAUGUGAUGGUGCAAAUUGUUUGAAAGAGCCUUGAAGGCAACAUGAUUGUUUUCACUGUCCUCAAGUUACCUUGGUGCUAAGGAGCUGUAAACUGACUCUAGAUUUAACACAACUAUUACAUUUUUAUGUGGCCACUAUUUAAAUAAUAAUAAUAAUGUGAGUUGAUCUGAUAUUUGAAUUUCAAAGUUGUAAUUCCUUGCACUUUUUGUCACAUUUUAUUAUCCGGCAUAACAUGUUUGUCCACAAUAUUGUAACUAUUGUACAUUCUCAGUCAACAUCAGUCACGUAAUAAUAUCUGUCACCGUUUUUCUGAGUGUUGUUCUAACUCCAAUGUGACGUACUGAUACAUAUCAUAAAGAGUUCUACUUCAAACUAAUCAUUUAAUCUGACCAUCAGCUACUAUAUUUCAAAUAGUGAUCUUUAUCUACUAAUGGAUCAUUUAAGUAUGUGUAAUAAUAUGUUUGUAAGGUUUGACCUUUAUUGUAACUGUGUUGAUUCAUCAUAAAAUUCCCAAAUCAAUAACUAUCUUGCUACAUGAUUUGUUAGUUGUAUUUACUGUAUACGUGUGUUUGCAUUAUGGCUAUUAAAUGUUAUUAAUUUAAAAAAAAUUGUUUUAAAUGAAGAUUGUUUUUUGACACCUGCCUGGUUUUGACAUUUUAAAUGCAUUUUAGAACUAGAGAAAUAAAGGUUUUGAAGAAAAAGAA